GUUUGUAUACGCGCAGGAAUGACAAGUAUGGUUAAGUAAAAUAAGGAAAAAGAAGUGAAUUAAAUUCAUUUUAAUUGUAAUAAAUCUGAGAGAUAAAACGGUUUUGUAAAUACUUGUAGAAAUAAUUAAAAUGGCAGCAAUAAAGACAAAUCCAUCAAGUUCACCUUCUGUUGAAUUAAGUUCAUAUCGUGAUCAACAUUUUAAGGGUUCAAGGGCUGAACAGGACAGGCUAUUGAGAAAUUCUACAACUUUAUAUGUUGGAAAUCUCUCUUUUUAUACUACAGAAGAACAAAUAUAUGAACUAUUUUCCAAAUGUGGUGAUAUUAGGAGAAUUAUAAUGGGCUUAGAUAAAUAUAAAAAGACUCCUUGUGGUUUUUGUUUUGUGGAAUAUUAUCAAAGAGGCGAUGCUGAAAAUUGUAUGCGAUAUAUUAAUGGAACGCGUUUGGAUGACAGGAUUAUUAGAACAGAUUGGGACGCUGGUUUUAUUGAAGGCAGACAGUAUGGAAGAGGAAAAACUGGAGGACAAGUAAGGGACGAGUAUAGAUCAGACUUUGAUAGUGGACGGGGUGGUUAUGGUAAGAUAAUACAACAGAAAGUUACGCCUCUUUCGGAUGGAGCAUUUGGACGCUGAGAUUUUGUAAAUGUGACUACUUUUCUAUAUACAGUUUUGUAUGUAUAAGAAAAUCAUUAGAGUAUCUAAUUACUCGCAUUUAAGGAUAAUUAAUAUAAUAUUUCAAUUAAUAAUUUUUACAGUUGUGUAUAUAGUAUAAGUAAGAAUAAAUAAAUUGACAGAAUUAGUUAUUUAA